GAGGUUUCAAACUUGGAGUAACUUGCGAGGUAUUAUCACAAUUCUAUAAACAUGCUUUCUUAGCGGGUAAUAAAGGAUAAUAGGUAACACGAUACGUAACCCAUAGAAUACCUAUCAUAGGCAGAUAUUAACGAGGAUCGUUUUGAAAGAGGAAAGAGUCGAAUAUACAUACGUCUUUCUUUUUCACUUGACUGCUUUGUGCUUACCCUGACAAGCCAAGCCCCCUUUGUCAAGAUAUGCAUUUAUUAUACUUAUAUCAUAUCGAACAACACUAGACGCAUUAUCUAUUACCUCCUAUGAAACCAUACACAAGCUCCACAGGUAGUCUAUAAACACCAAGCGAAAGAAAAAAAAAGAAAAAAAAAUCAGUUAUGCGACCUCUAACAACAGCCAUCUCGUUGCUAGCCUCGGCGUCCGCGUGCACCGCGUGGAGGAACUUGUUGGCGCUCGAGUUCGAGCCCGCCGACUGCACGGGUUGGGCCAAGCACGCGAGCAUAGGGUUUAACCCGGACCACUGGCAAAUCAAGAUGCAAAACGAGACCAACACGAUAUACACAUCCACCACAAACGACGGUAUCUAUCGAUGGUAUGGAUUCUCCGGCACGGCCGAGCUAGGAUGCGGCGGUGAGGUAUUAGGCCGUCUCCCGAGUGGAUGCUCGAAUUUGGGCUAAUAUGCAGGAGAAAGAAUACAGUGCAUCCGGUGGUGUAGCAUCUGGAUGCACGAUGAGCAUUCGUGUGAGGCGAUAGGACAAGAUUGAUGAUACGGUAGAUGAUACGGUAGAUGAUAACCCGAGGGAUACCUUAUAUUGUACCUAGAAGUUGAUGAUAGGUACCUAGGAGGUAGGUUAGGUAUCUACCAUCAACACCCUAAUGGUCCCAAUAAAAGAUGAAUAUCUGUCCCGCCUUCAAAUUGUUGUGUUGUAUCUAGUACUAGGUAUUCCUGACGUCCUCCAUGGUUUAUCGGUGGGUGGUUUCGGUAGCAGGAAGAGACUAAGAUCUUAGGAUCAAUAGAUAAGCAUCAUCCUCUCCACGACCCGGCAUAAAGCCAAGU